AUGACGGCCGCCGUCACCGUAACAAUGUUCGAGAGCAAGAUCAUCUACCUCCUAAAUAGGCUGUUCGAACCCUAUGUGGAGGGUAUUGACGAGGAGGCGCUGCUGGUGAGCAAUCUGCUCAGCGGGAAGGUGGUGCUGAGUGGAUUGACCCUGAAGCCCAGCAUCGUGCAUUACCUAGGACUGCCGUUCCACCUGACGUUCGGCGACUACACGUUGCAAUGCCGUUGGCAAAUGUGA